AUCAUAAAAACAAAUUUUACAAAAGUGAAAAUAAUUGAAACGAGUAAUUUGCCUCGGGAAAUAAUACAGCAAAAGUUCAUUUCCAAUUUCAACCGUUUUUUGCCACUAUCGUGUCGAAGAAGGCCGUGUGACAUUUUAAUCCCAUUCAAAACAACAAAUACGUCUGAAAAUUAAGAAUUAGUCGUCUGAGAUCUCCAAACACGCUGUAUAAUGUCCUGCUCAAAACUGUUUAACUACACAUUCCACACGUUGGGAGGGGGCAUGGCUAGCAGUUAUCUCAAAGGUAAUCCAAUGCAGCCGAUGAUGGGUUCGCACCACCAGUACCACGGACCCGUCCCAGCGCUGACAACCCCUUUUGGCCUAUCGCAUCACCUGGAUUCUGCAAUACCAUAUCCUCAAGGUAUGAAUCCACGCAAGCAGAGACGAGAACGGACCACGUUCACGAGGGCACAACUCGACGUUUUAGAGGCUUUAUUCGCCAAGACGCGUUACCCGGACAUCUUCAUGAGGGAGGAGGUGGCGCUGAAGAUCAACCUGCCGGAGUCCAGAGUUCAGGUAUGGUUCAAAAACCGACGAGCCAAAUGUCGCCAGCAGCUCCAACAGCAACAGCAACAGCAGGCGGCUGCGGGCACGAAGAACAGCGCCGGUGGUAACAAGUCAUCCAACAAAUCCAUAAAGUCUUCGCCGUGCUCCCCGAUCGGCUUGGACGAAGUCAAAACAGAGCCGCUGGUCAAAACGUGCUCCCCGAUCGGCGGAGGAAGUGCAGCGAGUUCGGGCGUCGGGACUCCGAGUCCCCCUCUGACUCCGGCGUAUCCGCAGCACAGCACCGACCUGCCGGCAUGGUGCUGGAGCCAGGGGCAGAACUACCCCCAGGGCUACUCGUACUACGGGAACGUGCACGAUUACUUCCCUCCUCCUGGACCGUCCCAGCAGGUUUACGGAGGCGGUGCCGCUUCCGGCUACGAUUACCACCAUCACGGCCAUCAUCCGACCAGCUACGCUCCUCCGCCGAACAGGCAGACCGACUGUGCUCACGAACCGCCGGCUCACACUUACAUGCACGAUAAGUACCCUGUCGUCUAGUCCUCAAUAAACAUAUCCUGUAAAUAAUUCUGCUUUGUUGUCCUUUUUUGUGAUAUGUUAUCUGGACAAACAAUAUUUGUUGUGUAAAAGAGGCACUGAACAAAGUGGAAUAGGACGAUGAGGAAAUCGUAAUUUUUUAGUUUGUUUUUCGCGUCGACAAGACAAGUUAUUUCAUUUUGUUUUUGUCAAGUGACUUUCUUAUUUAAAUGUGAAGCAGUUGUAAAUAAUUUUAUUACUAUAUAAAUAAAAUAUGUAAAUACGGUUAGAUGUUUCGAAAAGUAUAAAAGACAAAAAAA